UGUAAUUCCAGCAUGGUGGACGAACUGCAGCGUCGUUUGUUUACCAUUCUUCCAAAGUGAAGCUAGCGAACGUUAUGUGUGUAUAUAUGUAUAUAUGAUGUCUCUUCGUGUGACCGUGUGGCGUUUCAUUAAGAGGAGGAAGUGAAUCUCAGGCGACGGAAUCCGCCGUUAACUCGUGAAGAAUGAGAAGCAGCAGCGGAACCGGAACCGGGUCCGUGGUGGACCUGUUCGAACCGGGGAAGGUCCUGAAGAUCUGCGCCCCGAUGGUCCGACACUCGAAGCUGGCCUUCCGCUCCUUGGUGAGGAGGUACCGCUGUGACCUCUGCUUCACUCCGAUGAUCGUCGCUGCCGACUUCAUGAAGUCGGUGAAGGCCAGAGACAGCGAGUUCACCACCAAUCAGAGUGACCGGCCCCUGGUCGUGCAGUUUGCUGCCCAUGAUGCUCAGACUCUGGCCGAUGCCGCCUGUGUGGUCGCACCUUUCUCUGAUGGAGUCGACCUGAACUGCGGCUGCCCCCAGAGAUGGGCGAUGUCCGCCGGCUACGGUGCGUGCCUCAUCAACAAGCCCGAGCUUGUGAAGGACAUGGUCCGACUGGUCAGGAAUCAAGUGGACAAUCCAAACUACACGGCGUCCAUCAAAAUUAGGAUUCACACGGACCUGCGGCGGACGGUGGACCUGUGCCAGAAGGCCCAGUCGGCGGGCGUGGCGUGGAUCACGGUCCACGGCCGCACGGCAGACGAGCGCCACCAGCCGGUCCAUCACGACGCCAUCAAGACCAUCAAAGACAGCGUGUCCAUCCCCGUGGUCGCCAACGGGGACAUCAAGUCCCUCCGGGACGUGGAGUCCACGCACCGGCUCACCGGCAUCGACGGCGUGAUGGUUGCUCGGGGGUUGCUUACAAACCCCACCAUGUUCGCCGGCUAUGAGGACACUCCUCUGGAGUGCGUCUGGGACUGGGUGGACAUCUCCAUUGAGCAAGGCACUCAGUUCACCUGCUUCCACCAGCAUCUCAUGUACAUGCUGGAGAGGGUCAGCUCCCAGCCUGAGAGAAAAGUGUUCAACUCUCUAUCCAGUACCUCGGCUGUAAUAGAUUACCUCGAGAACACGUAUGGCCCAGUGCCAUUAAAAUGUUAGAUCUUAAUUUGUGUUUUUUAUUAAACUUUUGUUUUAUUUGUAUGCCAAAUAAAUCUGCAAAGAUUCAAACGUG